GCGCUGCGAGCUAAUGAAUGUAGCAGAAGAGAAAAAAAAAAAAAGAGAAGGAAAACUUCGGUAAAAAUGGCGGACGGAGCAACGUCUCUAAAAGGACUGCGAGCACAAAUGGCUGCAGCUGCCCAGGCACAGGCUGAAGAGCGGCGGAGCCUGGCAGGGAGCAGCCCAGCACCGGUUACAGCCAGUGCUGCCAAGAGCCAUGCUAAACCAGUGAUUGACGGAGCAGCACUUAGAAUUGAUGACAAACUCCGAGUAGCCAAAGAAAGGCGAGAAGAGCAAGAGAAGCAGCAAGCGGUGCGUGGGUCUCAGAUUCUAGAGCGGGAACGUAAGGCCAAGCUUCAGGUUGAGAAACAGAUGGAGGAGAGACAAAGAAAGCUGGAGGAGCAGCGCAGGAAGGAGGAACAGAGAAGAGCUGCUGUGGAGGAGAAGAGGAAACAAAAACAGGAGGAGGAGAAGGAGCACUAUGAGGCAGUGAUGCGGCGCACUAUGGAACGCAGUCAGAGAGUGGAGCAGAGGCAGAAGAGAUGGUCCUGGAGUGGCCUGACUGACUCAGACAACAGAAAUGGUGAGAGUGACUGUGGCCCCACCUCCUCCCCAGUCAAUAUAGUAAUCUCCCCAGCCUCUCCGGUCUCCAAGCCUCCCAGAAGCCACACACCACAAGACAAGCGUUCUUCCUCUACUACAAACCUCAAACAGCCUGCAGACUCUGCUAUCAGCAAGCGCCUCUCCUCUUCCUCUGCCACCCUCCUCAACUCUCCUGACAAAAGUGCAAAGCGGAGGAGUUCAUCUUUGAACCGGUUGCCUAGCAAUGUCCCUCGGGUUUCUAAGGAAGUGCAUAAGCAGCCUCAGGUGGAACAGACAGACCCUGUCCUGAAGAAACGGAGCUCCUCCCUUUCCCGUGUGGGAAAUAGAGCUCCACCCACUGGCAAACCAGAGAAACCCGCACCCUUGGAAUCAGCCCAUCGCCCGUUGGCCAGUCCCAUGGACAGCAGUGUCCUCUGUCGUCUCCUCACCCCUACCCAGGCCUCUCUAGCUAGGAGCAAGAGUGCAGCAGCCCUUUCAGCCCAUGGAGCGGAUGAGACAGAGUCUCACCUGUGUCCUCGAUCAGUGUCAUCCACGUCGCUGCAGCCCUCCACCCGUGGCCCCCUGCGGAGUCGCAGCACUGACCGCCAAAAAAAUGCCCCCGGCUCUACCUCUGCCUCUUCUGACUCCAUCUCCACCGUGGCUCAGAAAGCUGAAAAGGACAAGUCACCAGCAGCAAAACGUCCUCCUUCCCCUUCCACUGUUCCCGGCCGCCAUCGCUCUCCCUCCCCAGGCCCUGUCGGUGGCCCCAGGAGAGCACCAUCACCUGGAGCAGCCAAGCAAAGCCCUCGUUAUCGGCCGCCCUCCCCCAGUGGGGUGAAACAGAGGCCUCCAUCCCCUCAGCCUGCUUCCAAACCUCCACCUGUCCAGAAACCUGCCCUCACCCCAACUGGCCCUCCUGUCCUGAGGAAGAGAGAGUCCAAACCCAAAGACGCAUCUCCAAUGACUGCUCUAACAUCACACCCUCAAGAUACGAGCACUGCCAGCCCAGCCCCCAGCACCAAGCCUAAAGAUGAUCCUAGUCUGAAAACCACGGCUGGCACUAACUCAGCUGCUGAAGCUGCUAAGAUCCUGGCAGAGAACAGGCGCCUGGCUCGUGAGCAGAAAGAGAGAGAGGAACAACUCAGACUGCAGAGAGAGGAAGAGGAGAGGCUAAGAAAAGAGGAGGAAAAGCGGCUGGCUGAGGAGGAGAGAGUGAGACGUUUGGAGGAGGAGAAGAUUCGAGCAGAGGAGAGAAAGCAGGAAGAGGAAGAGCAGGCUCGUAAGGCAGAAGAGGAGAGAGAGAGACUGGAGCUGGAGGAACAACAGAAACGAGCUGAGUUACUGAAAGAGCGAGAGGAGGCAGAAGCAAAGGCCCAGGAGGAGGCAGAGAAGCAACGACAGGAGAGAGAGCGCAUCAUGCAGCAGAAUCAGCAAGAGCGCAUGGAGAGGAAGAAGAGAAUUGAGGAAAUUAUGAAGAGAACCAGAAAAAUGGACCAAAAUGAUUUCAAGGGUAACGAUGAGAGAGGCAUUCCAGACGAGAAUGGUGAUGAGGUUGCUGACCAGCUAAACUGUGAAACCAAGGAGGACCAAUCUGUGCCAUCAGACCAAAAAACAGAGGUCGUCAACCAAUCAGACAUCCAGGAGCAAGGCAUGUCUUCAGAAGAAGGCCAGCUGGAAUCAGAAGAGCCACUUGACAGUGUAAAUGAACAGACCAAAGUAGAUGACAAAGAAAACAACAAUGGAUUCAGUGCAGCACAGCCCACAGCCAUCAGUAAUUCUUAUCCAAAGGCACAUCUGGUGGGAGGCUCGGAGUUCAUGAAUGAGGACUGUAAGAUGGGGCUGAAUGGGAAAGCAGGGUCCUGGAGCUUUGAAGAGUUCAUUGAUCUGGGAGUUCACACUAAAGGCCGGCCGCUCAUGGAGCCCGAUGCCUGUAAUCAGGGUCUAAUAGACUGUGGUGUGGGACCUGAAGGACCCAGAGUGGCCUUUGAUGACAAGUCGGCCCCUGUGAACUCCCUCCAUCCAACUCAGCCCAUUGAAGCCCUGUCCGAGAUUUGAUGUGACAUCUUCACCCAAGGACGGUUGCUAAUUGCACUCCAUGAUGUUUGUCUGGUUGAGUUCCAAAGUUUCUUGUGCUCACCUGGACAGCCAGAGAAACUCUGAAUCACAGAGGAAGGCCUCAGAGUCUGCUCCUCCGAAAAUAAAGUUAAAUAUACAUUUUUUUAAAAAAAAAAGUUAUAGCUGAAAAUAAGAAAAAUGCUUCAGGGAAACUUUCAUGCUUAAUUUUCUGUUUUCCUGCCUCUCUUUCUUUUCGUUGUUGGCAUCCUGUCAGUUUUCUGUUUUUUUCCUCUUGUCAUUAUUAAUGUUAUUUUGAUCUUUUUUAUGUUUUUUGUAAUUUAUUCUUCUGACUUUGCAUUUUAUGACUUGUCCCUUUCUGUAUUAAUUUUGUUGAUUUUGUCUUAUAUGUAUUCCAUUGUAUUUUGAUUAGGUAUUGUGAUCCCAGUCAGUCAGUGGACCUAAGCAGAAGUGAGCAAUUAAUGUGAAGUAACGCUGUUGAGGUCAGAGGAGGAACACUUCCAGCUGUCUCACACACUGGUUUAAAAAUGUUUGUGAACUGAGUAGUGCUUAACUAUGUGACAGUUAUCCAAGCAAAAAGGCCUUUUCUACUCAUGAGUAUAUAGAGAGCCUUGGCAGUGGUUCCUUAAAGUUUCAGUGAUGGGCCUUACCUGCAUUUUCCAACUUCUGCCCAAUCUAAUGUGAUGACUCAGGCCGUUAGGCUGCUAAUUGUCCUCUCUCCUGCUGUGAAGCAUUGUAUAAACCCUAACCCUAGCAAAUCUUGGUCAAGGUAUUUCAUAAAAAGGUGACAAAAUAGGAUCUGGUUAAAGCGCUGAAUUUCAAGCUCAGCUGAAACCUUUUCAAAUUGCUUUAGUCUUUAAAGGAUGAAGGUGCUUGAGGCAGAAAAAAAAAAAUCUUGUAAACAUUUGUAACUUGUUGAAUGAAGUUUUAACAUUGUAAGUUUCAGGUUUAUGGCUGUUGCGCUAUGUGGACGUUUUGUUCUACAUAUAUUUUUACAUAAGCAUAAACAUGGUUAGGUAUUCACAUAAAGACUAAUUUAAGAGUAUCCCGAAACUAAAAGACAUCUUUGAAUGUCAGUGUGAAUCUAUUCGUCACUCCAAGAUGUAAUUAUAGCACACAGGAAUUACUGUAAGCUCUUAAUAACUGCACAUUUAGAUGAGCUGUUUAGGUGCAUGUUGUUCCCCUUAGGGUGUUAGGCAGAGGGGAUUCUCGGUUCUGUUUUCAAAGCUUGAAUAAUUGCUAGUGUUCCGUAAAACCCCACGUUCCCUCAGGGUCAUAGUUCUGUCAGGUCCUAAAUGGUUUUGGAGACUACCAUUUUCUUUCUGUUCCUCUCACUUUUUUUAGUCCUUAAUCCAGUGGCUCAGACAGUUUUAUAUCUUGUAAAAUUGAUCUCAUAUACUAAGAUAAUAUUUAAAACUACAUUUCUACUUGUGUAAGUAUUAUGAACACGAUCAGUAUUCAGCUGUUAUUCUAUGGCUUGUGGAAUAGGGAGUAAGUGAAAGGGAAGUGUGUUUUGGUUGGUUCCUCUCUGGUGCACGUCUGUGCUGCUGCUACUCAACAGCAUCUGAUCUAGAACAUUAAAGAGCCUGGCCUUGUUUUUUGUCAGGGGACUGAAUGGAUGAGGAAGAUGAAUGUUACAGGAGGUUGUGUGCUCCAAGUUAUGUUGGGUAAAAUAUGAUUUAUCAUUGCUGUCAGGUUGAUUUGAACAUGUUUGUCUUAGUGUGACUGCAUAAAAACGAAGCAUGUGGACCGUGUUUAUAGGUUAAAAAUUUGGGAAUCCUGGUGGUGGUGGUGGAUCAAGAUGGAUUGUGCUUAGAACUCAUAACUAAAAGAAUGAAUACUGUUUGAGUUCCUGUCCAUUUCAUAGUGCUGUUAGUAGUUAAAAAAGCUUGAACCUCAAAUGCUUGAAGUGUUGAGUAGAGUCGGUUAUGGGUCCAUAGUCUAUUUUGGGCAUGUGUGGGCUUUUUUAUACACUAGUUUACUCAGAAAUGACUGAGGCCACUGAGCACAGGGCAUUUCACUAUUUAAGAUCGUGGUCUUUUACUAAUGAACUAAUUAGUAUCAUUCCUUUCAUAACACCACUCUUUCCAAUAUAGGCAUGGAUCACUUACUUGAAUAUUGUGUUGCUCACUGCUUUAGUUAAUUGGCAUUUUUCUCCAGGACAAGAGACACCUUCAGGUUGAGACCCAAACACUGUCCAGAAUUCCAGUGGUGACACUCAGCGAACACUCAAGCAAGAAAAAAAAACCUAAUAAGCAUGUGCUUGGUGUGUAAGGGAGAGAUUGGCUGUAGAACCCUUUCGUUUAUUUUAGCCUUUCAGCAGUCCCUCUCUACCAUGUGGUUUACAAAAAUGUUAGACACCCCAAAGUGCUUAGAGUUUUGCAGUGGCUGCUUGCAGAUGCAGUCGGUCAUGUGUGUGCAUGUUUUUGAUGUGUGCUGCUUUUGCAGGAAGUCAGCAUGGUCACUCAGACAGGGUCACACCAGUGCAGUUGCUGCUUCUUUUUUUCCAGGACCCUGUAAACCCUUGAGUGUUUUGGAUUUUAGUGCUGUUCUCUAGCUUACAGUGCUCACCAUGGAGGUAGAAUAGAAUGGUGCCUUAGGAAUAGAGUGAGAUACAUAUUUAUUUUCAUAUAUUAUAAACUAAAUAUUACAUGAUGUGCUUUCACUGGCCAUGACAAUCAUUUACUUGAACAGGGCCCUAAAUAAGAUGCAAUAUUCUGUACCUUGAAAUAGUUCUGACCACAAAUUGUAGUUGUAAAUUUACCCAAACUUUACUGGAUAAGAUAAUAAACUGUUCAAAUAAAGUUUUGCUAGAUAAAAAUGUUUUUUGAUGUAAAGUUGCUCAUACCAACUGUAAUAUAGUUGUGCUUUCAUAAUUCAUAAAUGAAGGCUUUAGUUGAAGCUUGAAAUUUAUUGUUCAGAUUCAUUGUUACUUCACCCAAAAUGCCAUGAAUAAAGUAUAUACUAAUAUUGUUGCAUGCCAAA